AUAGGAUAUCCUCCCCUCUUGUCACCUCGUAGCCCCGUCGGACGAUUUGCCAAAAAUUGCUUGGUACAUACUUUAAGGGAAAUAAAAUGGCCGUCUAGCUAAAGCGAAGAAUACGAAACGAUACGAUAGGGUGGAAAGAUUUUUUCGGGAUAUUGAAAUAAACGCGUAACAUUACCGGAUACUUGCGUAAACGAAAAUGAGUUGCGGCACAACGAUGUACGCGUUAAAACCGAUUGUCUUGAUGCCAGGAGAAGUUUACGAGCCGAAAAGCGUGUACAUAAUGAAAAACAUAAACGAGGUUCAACAGAAGUUGAGUGAUCGUACGAGCCACGAGAGUAGCAAGAUUGUGUCGGAUAUUACCGAACAGGUUAUCAAGUUUUUAAAGAAUCCGUUGCCAGAAAUCGUAGAGCUGGAACUCAGGCAGGAAAAAAUUCUAUCACAGCUAGCCGAACUGAAGAAGCAGGUCUCUAGUCUAUAUGGAAUAUUAAAAAAUUCAAGACCUAGCAAUACUACCCAUGUCAUUGCUCCGAGAAGCAAGGAAAAGGUUCGCACGGAUUUGGUGGUAAAUGUAAAUCCCACUAAACCUCCUUUUUCAUUGUUGGCGUUGCAAAAUAUUUGGAAUGACACAGAUAUCUACGUUUCCUGUCACACUCACUCUACCAGCACAUCUCCAGUUCCUGAAUUUCCACUGACUGCGCAAAAUUUCAAUAGUGAGAACCACACCGUCGAGGUAUCACUGAUAUGGAAAGAAAUAUCAGAUCUGGAAGUAAUCAUCUCUGGCGUCCGAGGAACGCGACUCCUAGGUGAAGUGAGCCUCUUGAGGUACCUAAGCAGGCUUAUUGCCAGCCAUAAUUACGAGAGUAGGGAAUGUGGAAUUGACGCAUCGAAAAUUGAUUCUUUGCUAGACCUUUGCCAUGAGCUAUCUUUCCAAAAGUCACGAAUGCAUGCAAACUCGGUAUUUGCGACUCUAGCCGGUAAUGUAGGAAACGGACAAUGGCUGCUCUCAAGGAGCUCUCCAAGCAUAGCAGACGUAGCUGCAUGGUCAGCAAUCAAACAAUUAGAUGAUCCAAACUUGCCUGGUAACUUAACCAGCUGGUUCAAGAGAUGUGACAACGUCUUUUGGCGUAAAUAAUAACCUUGUGAAUAAUUGAACUACAGAUGACAAUAUUUUGUUAAUAAAGCCAAUGAUUUUAUGUUUUAAUGUAA